CAUCCGGCCGGGUCCGCCUCGCAGCUCGAGGUCGCUCGGCUCUGGUCCGAGCGGCCGCGCCAUGGACACCAGCGACCUGUUCACCAGCUGCAAGAAGGGGGACGUGGGCCGCGUGCGGUACCUGCUGGAGCAGCGUGACGUGGAGGUGAAUGUGCGGGACAAGUGGGACAGCACCCCACUGUAUUAUGCCUGCUUGUGCGGGCAUGAGGAGCUGGUGCUCUACCUCCUGGCCAACGGUGAGAGGGUCCCCGGUGUGUGCGGGUGCGUGCGCCUGUGUGCAUGCACGUGUGGGUGCACACAGUGCCCUCGUUCCUCUGCCUCGGAGGGAUGCUGGGGGAGCCCGCUGUGAGGCCAACACCUUCGAUGGUGAGCGCUGCCUCUAUGGGGCCCUGAGUGAUGCCAUCCGCCGGGCGCUGCGUGAUUACAGGCAGGUCACGGCCUCCUGUAGGAGGCAUGACUACUACGACGACUUCUUGCAGCGGCUCCUGGAGCAGGGCAUCCACAGCGACGUGGUCUUCGUGGUGCAUGGAAAGCGGUUCCGGGCACACCGGUGCAUCCUGGGCGCCCGCAGCACCUACUUUGCCAACAUGCUUGACACCAAGUGGAAGGGCAAGAGCAUGGUGGUCCUCAGGCACCCCCUGAUCAACCCCGUGGCCUUCGGGGCCCUGCUGCAGUACCUGUACACAGGCCACCUGGACAUUGGCGUGGAGCAUGUCAGCGACUGUGAGCGCCUGGCUAAGCAGUGCCAGCUGUGGGACCUGCUCAGUGACCUGGAAGCCAAAUGCGAGAAGGUUUCUGAGUUUGUGGCGUCCAAGCCGGGCACGUGUGUGAAGGUGCUGACCAUCGAGCCCCCGGCCACCGACCCACAGCUGCGGGAAGACAUGGCGCUGCUAGCUGACUGUGCCCUGCCCCCUGAGCUUCGUGGUGACCUGGGGGAGCUGCCCUUCCCUUGCCCCGAUGCCUUCAACAGCUGCCCGGACAUCUGCUUCCGUGUGGCUGGUUGCAGCUUCUUCUGCCACAAGGCCUUCUUCUGUGGCCGCAGUGACUACUUCCGGGCCCUACUGGACGACCACUUCCGAGAGAGUGAGCAGCCCGAGGCCUCAGGGGGGCCCCCGGCUGUCACCCUGCAUGGCAUCUCGCCCGAGGUCUUCACCCACGUGCUCUACUAUGUGUACAGUGACCACACCGAGCUGUCCCCUGAGGCGGCCUAUGACGUGCUGAGCGUGGCCGACAUGUACCUGCUGCCCGGCCUGAAGCGGCUGUGUGGCCGCAGCCUGGCACAGCUGCUGGAUGAAGACAGCGUGGUGGGCGUGUGGCGCGUAGCCAAGCUGUUCCGCCUGGCGCGGCUGGAGGACCAGUGCACCGAGUACAUGGCCAAGAUCAUUGAGAAGCUUGUGGAGCGUGAGGACUUUGCCGAGGCGGUGAGGGAGGAGGCGGCAGCUGUGGCAGCCCGGCAGGAGACAGACUCCAUUCCGCUGGUGGACGACAUCCGCUUCCACGUGGCUAGCACGGUACAGACCUACAGUGCCAUUGAGGAAGCGCAGCAGCGGCUGCGGGUCCUGGAGGACCUGCUGGUGUCCAUUGGCCUGGACUGCUAAGCCCCGGGGUGUGCAUUCAUGUGCUUGUGUGCACGCGCACAUGUGUGCAGCUGUUCCUGCCUCUCACACAUGCAUCCCCGGGUGGAGAGGACUCCUUGCCCAGUGUGUCCCUGGGGACCCCUGGGGUCUCCUUGGGACAAGCCUCCUCCCGAAAUGCCCAAGCCGGCCAAGCCCUGGCCAAGCACGACUCAGGGAACUGGGCGGGGAGCGCCCCAUUCCCGCCUCCCGCCUGUGGGCCCUGGCCAGCUCAGCACUGGCUAGCAGGUACGGCCAGCAGGAGGGGCUGCGCCUUCACGUGGCAAUAAAGCUUGUGUUCACUGUG